AGCCCAAGUGCACUUUGUUGGCUGGGAAGUUGGGAAGGGAAAAGCUCUGCAUCUGUCCUAUAUCUUCUUCCCUUCAAUGAACCUGCUUUGUAUGAUGUCCAAGAAUGUCCAUUUCUGGAGCCCUCAGUAACUACUUUGUGGAGUCCAUAAUAAGCCCUGAGAGUGAGGAACCUCCAGCACCCAAGUAUUCUGGACAGUACCCCAGUCCUCGGGCUGCAGGACACUCAGACACCCUGGACUUCCCCUCGUGUAGCUUCCAGCCCAAAGCUCCAGUAUUCAGUGCGUCCUGGACUCCCCUGAACCCACACGGCGCUGCUGCCACCCCCCUGCCUCCUGUCUACCACCCCUACCUACCGCAGGGUGCCCCCACUUCAGAGACCAGGUACUUACGGGGCUGGCUGGAACCGCUGCCCAGGACUGACUCUGGACCGGGACAAGGAGCCGUGAAGGCUGAGCCACUGCUGGGGCACCCUGGGGAGCUGCAGAAAUUGGGAGCCCAGGAGUACAAUCUAGAGUCGCCUGCUGGAAGAGAAGAAGCUAAUGAGAGGCCCACUUUCCAGGACAAUAAAGUGUGCGAAGGAAGCGAGGACAAAGACAGGACACAUCAAACCAAUCCCUCUGCAAACUGGUUGCACGCCAGAUCAUCCAGGAAGAAGAGGUGUCCCUAUACCAAAUACCAAACCCUGGAGCUGGAAAAAGAAUUUCUGUUUAACAUGUACCUGACCAGGGACAGGAGGCAUGAAGUGGCCAGACUGCUUAACCUGAGCGAGAGACAAGUCAAAAUUUGGUUCCAGAACCGGAGGAUGAAAAUGAAGAAGCUGAACAAGGAACAGGGGAAGGAUUAACCCCUUACCUUCCCUCGCCAUAGUGCACCUGCUCCCUCUUCUAUUUAUGAUUACACUUGCAUAGGACUUGUCCAUCUCUAUUUGCAUGACAUAUGGAGGCUGUUGUAGAAUGGCCAGGUAGUAGCCAGCAGACAGCGUUAAUGUUCUUUUCUGUGCAGUCCUGUUCUACAUGUCCACAUGUUGUCCCUUUAUAGACAGGGGAUGUGGUACCUACCUGCAGGUAGGCAGCUCCUCAUGGGUGCUAGUCUGGGUAUGGAGGUCACCUCGCCUUCAGCAGAUGAAGGUAUGCAGUGCAACCUCGCCCCAUCCAUCAGCAUUAUCAGCAAGAGCUAUAACUUAUAGAUAUAUUUAAUAUUCACUCUCUCUAUUAUAAUACCUUCAGCCAGCAGACUCCCUUUUUAUACUGAGCCAGAAGAUUAAGACGAAAAGCACACUGGAAAAGCCUCGAUUUGCUAAAAAUAGUUUUUUAGAAAAAAAAAGUAAUUUACAAAAAAAAACUAUAAAGAAGUGAAUUUUUUUUGUUUUUAGUACAACUAGAUCGACAGAAAAAGCUGAAUGUUCCCUAGAAGUAGCUAUUUCUAAUUUAUUGUGAAAUGACGUUUAUACGAAAUGUAGAUUUUGUUCUUGUGUCAAGUCAAAGUAUUUGUAUAUUUUUGUUGUUGAAAUCUGCGAUACUUGAAAGUUUUGUGUCUGUGUGUAAAUAUCUAUUAAUGUAGUAUUCACUGGGGCGACCCGCUGUUUACAAUGGACCCUUUCAUGAUGUGUUUUAUCUGCAAA